CACAAGGCAUAAGGACAAUGUAUCCAUUGCCAAUAAAUUUUAAAAAAAUACACACACACACACCCGCGUAGUGCUUGCAAUCUUGCAUUGGUUUGUUUUGUUGUUGUUGUUGUCGUUUGAUAGAUUUUUCCUAAAAUAGUUAAAGUAACCACAAGUCUUGUUGUCGUGUGGAAUGGAAAGCCGCAAUCAUAAAUGAAUGUGCCUACCUGUUAUUGUGAUGUGUAAGUUUGGUUGAUAUGGGCUAAAAGUACCAAUGGAGUGACGCUUUGCUUGUUCAAUGUUUUCUGAACAGUUAGUUCGCUUUCGUGUUCUUUGAUCAUUUUACUAUAGGUAUCAGUUCAAUGAUGGAGCCGGCAGAAGUGAUAUCAUCGUUUUUUUCUAAAGAGAUUCCUAUAACUACAAAAUUUCUUGAUUUAGUGGAUGAAGUGAAUAAUUCUUUGGAACAGUUAGAUCUUCCUAAAACAGUUCAAUGUGUCUACAAUCCAACUAUAUAUGCUAGGUACACUUUUGAAAAGUAUGUUUACAAAUAUUGCAGUUCAAAAAAGCGAAUUAUGUAUUUCGGCAUGAACCCGGGCCCUUGGGGAAUGUCUCAGACUGGAGUUCCUUUUGGAGAAAUCAGUUCAGUUAGAGAUUGGCUGCAAAUAUCAGGACCAGUUGGUAAACCACCAAAUGAAAUAAACGCUAGACGUGUCCAAGGAUUUGAAUGUUCCAGAACUGAGGUACUUUAUGUUUUACAGAUAAGUGGAAAGAGGUUCUGGGGACUCUUUAAAGAUUUAUGUGAAAUACCCGAAAACUUUUUCCAGACAAGUUUUGUUUACAAUUAUUUGCCUCAACAAUGGAUGAAAAGUAAUGGUUGUAAUCUUACACCUGGAGACUUCAAGGUGUCAGACAUGGAAAGAUUGUAUGAUAUUUGCGAUCCGAUUUUUGUAAAAGUUUUGCAGUUGUAUGAAGUUAAAACUAUUGUAGCUAUUGGAAAGUUUUGCGAAACUAGAGCACAGAGAGCACUCAAGAAGUACUUACCAGACGUUCCUAUUGAGAUAGUUUAUUUACCUCAUCCAAGUCCUCGAUCUGUAAAUAACAAUAACUGGGACCAAAAAGCCAUCGAAUACUUGAAAAAAUAUGACAUAUUAAAAUUUUAUAAAACUUCGCCAACGAAAUAAAAUAGGAGGGUGCCAGGUGCCGAUCUUCUAUUAUUUAUGAAAAAACCGAAUUCAUUGACAUGGCAGUGUUUAUGAAAAAAGCACUCGAUCUAGCAAAGGAAGCUCUUGCAGCCCAAGAAGUGCCGGUUGGGUGCGUUUUCAUCGUUGAUGACAACGUUGUUGCGGCAUCGAGGAACACCGUAAACCAAACUAGAAACCCUACCAGACACGCAGAAAUCAAUUGCAUUGAUGAAGUCAUGCUGCACUGUGAACGCAACAAUGUUGAUUACCGUGACUUUUUUAAAAAGAUUGUAGUUUAUGUUACCGUUGAACCAUGUAUUAUGUGUGCAGCUGCGUUAAUCAAUCUUUCUGUUAAGGAAGUGGUAUAUGGAUGCGCUAACGACAGAUUUGGCGGUAAAACUGUAUUAGAUAUUAGUAUAUUUUUCAAACACAGUUACUCGUUAACUGGUAACCUUUUUGCUGAUGAAGCAAUGUCUUUGCUCAAACAAUUUUAUAAAGGCACUAAUCCCAAUGCGCCAGAGUCAAAGGUUAAAAAAAAGAUAAAUUGAUUGUGCUGUGAUUUUUAGUUUUUACGUGAUAAUUUCAUACCUCAAUAUUUUAAAAAAAUAUAAUUAUUUCUAUCUACUGAAGUAUCACUGUGACUUAAUCUUACUAAUAUAUAAGUGAAUUUGUAUGAU